CCUAGGACUGAUUGCUUCAUUCAACUGCCCCCAACUGCUGAGGCGGAUUCUCCGAUGCGAAUUCGUCUGAAGAAAUCCAAACGGUACAACAGCUUCUCUAGGAUAUGAGCAUGAGAACUGAAUCCGAAGCUCACGGCUCUCGAUCGCCAAGGUGCAGCUUCUCUCGCCCCAUCUCAGUGCACCAUCAUUCUCAUUGAAUUUCACUGUUUCGAAGACGAUGGAAGUCCCCCUUGGGCGGUACCAGAACGUAUCGCUCGAUCAAAUUCAGUGCGCAUGUAGCUUCCCCUUCUCGUUCGCAGAUCCCAAGGUAUCUGGGUUUUCUUUCUCGUUCGGUCGGAGAAAGUGGAGGCACCCAUUUUCUCGGGUCAAGUGUUCUUCGGUAGAGCAGGAGUUGCGUCCCCGCCCGAAGCCGAGGCCAUCGAAAUUCGACGUCGAUUGGCCCGAGCAAACGGCUAUGGACGAAGAGGCAGGGACCGGAAAACGUAAUCCGGGGAUUUGUAGUCAGAUAGAGAAGCUGGCAUUGCACAAGAGAUACCGAGAGGCGCUGGAGUUGUUCGAGAUUUUGGAGUACGAGGGUCGAUUUGAGGUAGGUUGUAGCACGUACGAUGCGCUGGUGAGCGCGUGCAUCGGGUUGAGAUCUGUUAGAGCAGUCAAGAGGGUGUCCAGUUACAUGGUCAGUACUGGGUUUGAGCCGGAUUCGUAUAUGAGGAACAGGGUGCUGUUCAUGCACGUAAAAUGCGGGAUGAUGAUCGAUGCGCGUAAGAUGUUUGAUGAAAUGCCUGACAGGAACUUGGUCUCCUGGAACACGAUGAUUGCGGGACUGGUUGAUUCGGGGGACUACGUGGAGGCUUUGCAGCUGUUCUUAGCGAUGUGGGAGGAGUUUUCUGAGGGGGAGUCGCGAUUGUUUGCUACGAUUAUUCGUGCAUCUGCUGGACUGGGGCUUGUUUCUGUAGGAAGGCAGUUGCAUUCCUGUGCUCUGAAGAUGGGUCUUGGCGAGGAUAUUUUUGUUUCUUGCACAUUAAUCGAUAUGUACAGUAAAUGUGGGAGCAUUGAAGAUGCUCAAUUUGUUUUUGAUGAGAUGCCGGAGAAGACAACAGUAGGAUGGAAUUCGAUCAUUGCAGGUUAUGCACUGCAUGGUUACAGCGAAGAAGCCUUGUGUAUGUACUAUGAGAUGCGUGAUGCUGGUGUCAAAAUGGACCAUUUUACCUUUUCUAUUGUUUUGAGGAUCUGUACUAGGUUAGCCUCCGUUGAGCAUGCUAAGCAAGCUCAUGCGGCCUUAAUUCGUCAUGGAUUCGGGCUGGAUAUAGUUGCAAGCACGACACUCGUGGACUUCUAUAGCAAAUGGGGAAGAGUGGAAGAUGCUAGGCAGGUCUUUGACAGGAUGCCUGAAAAGAAUGUGAUAUCUUGGAAUGCUUUGAUUGCUGGGUAUCGCAAUCACGGCCGUGGGGAGGAGGCCGUCGAGGUGUUUAAGCAGAUGGUUUGUGAAGGAAUGAAGCCUAAUCACGUCACUUUUCUCCUUGUUCUGUCUGCUUGUAGUUACUCGGGACUAUCAGAGCUAGGUUGGGAGAUUUUUGAGUCAAUGACUGGGGAAUAUAAAACAAAACCCCGUCCUAUGCAUUACGCAUGCAUGAUUGAGUUGCUAGGUCGGGAGGGGAGUCUAGACGAAGCCUUUGCAUUGAUAAGAAGGGCUCCUUUCAAGCCAACGGUGAACAUGUGGGCUGCUUUGCUCACAGCUUGUAGAGUUCACCAAAAUUUCGAGCUUGGGAGAUUUGCCGCUGAAAAGCUCUACGGGAUGGAGCCCGAGAAGCUGAGUAAUUACGUUGUGCUUCUGAAUAUAUACAACAGCUGUGGCAAGAUGAAAGAAGCAGCCGAAGUUGUGCAUACCUUGAAAAGGAAGGGCUUGAGAAUGCUUGUGGCGUGCACUUGGAUUGAGAGUAAUAAGCAGUCGCAUGCUUUUCUUUCUGGAGAUAAAUCCCAUGCCCAAACUGAGGAGAUUUACCAAAAACUCGAUAACUUGAUGCUCGAGAUCUCAAAGCGUGGUUAUAUACCUGAGGACAAACACAUGCUUCCGGAUGUCGACGAACAAGAAGCGCAGUUGCCAUUCUAUCACAGCGAGAAACUGGCAAUAGCAUUUGGUCUGAUCAAUACCCCGGAGUGGAUGCCUCUGCAAAUGGUCCAGUCUCAUCGGAUUUGCAACGACUGCCAUAAUGCGAUUAAGCUCAUAACCUUGGCCACACGGCGAGAGAUCGUUUUCAGGGAUGCCAGCAGAUUUCACCAUUUUAAAGAUGGCAGCUGCUCAUGUGGGGACUACUGGUGAUGGUAAACAUUUCAAAGCCGCAGUGGAUUUUGCCAUUUUCGGGAUGAAGCAAACAUGGUCAUCAACUUCUACCUGAAUUUUCAAGUGGAUGAGAUCGGUCAAGUGAUCUCACUUGGUGAUGGGAUUGCACGUGUUUAUGGGUUGAAGGAGAU